AUGACCAAGAAUCCGUUUGGUGUCAACCUCACUUUCCUGCCCGCGCUUACACCGCCCGACUAUCCCGCCUACGCCAAAGUCAUCAUUGAAGAAGGAGUCCGCAUCGUUGAAACUGCAGGAAACAACCCUGGUCCUAUCAUCACGCAACUGAAGAAGGCCGGCUGUACCGUUCUCCAUAAAUGUACUACCAUUAGACAUGCCAAGUCGGCUGUCAAGCUAGGCGUGGAUUUCCUCUCCAUUGACGGCUUUGAGUGCGCCGGACACGUUGGGGAGACUGAUAUUACAAACUUCAUCCUUUUGAGCCGUGCCAGACAGGAUCUGGGUGUUCCGUUCAUUGCAUCGGGUGGAUUUGCGGACGGCAACGGUUUAGCUGCUGCACUAGCGCUGGGUGCUUGCGGAAUUAACAUGGGUACACGAUUCAUGUGUACUGUUGAAGCACCUAUCCAUAAUAAUAUUAAGGAAGCCAUUGUGAAGGCAGACGAGACGGAUACUCAGCUGCUUCUUCGUCGGUGGAGGAACACAUCCCGUCUGUUCAACAACAAGGUGGCAGCGGAGGCAUAUAAGAUCGAGAAGGAGAGCCAGACGGGUGAGUUCUCCGAGCUUGCGCAUCUUGUUAGUGGAAAGCGUGGGCGUCAAGUCUUUAUCAAUGGUGACGUAGAUUAUGGAGUCUGGACUGCAGGACAAGUCAUCGGCCUUAUCCGUGACAUUCCAACCUGUGCCGAGCUUCUCACUCGUAUCGAGAAGGAGGCUGCUGAGGUCAUGGCAGCAACCAACAAGCUAUAUACACCAGCCACGCAGAGCAAGCUGUAG